AUGUUCGGCGACGAGCCGGCUCUCGGUUUUUGCGGCGUCUCGCUGAUGGAAGCCACUUCCGACGAGCCUCGUCGCGCCCACCUGAUCUGCGAUAACCUUAUCACCAAGCAGAGGUGCCUCCAGAUGCGCGUGAUGCCUAUUGUGGUUGCGGAGGAUGAAGAGCGCGGCCCGCACCCGUGCGCCGUAGUCGCCAUCCGCCCUUACUGCUUUUGGGUUCGGCGCACUAGGGAUAGUCCAGUGCUGCCGUUCAUGUUUCCCAAGUACUCGUCCCGUGAGGUUGUGGGCGAGGAGUUCGAGGCCAAGAUGCUGCUAAUGCCCAACAACCAAAGGUUGCUUGUGGUAGCGACCAUGCUCGGUACUGGAAUCCUUACUACAGACCGCCGACACCUGGACGUCUCAUCAGUCCUCCAACUCUGGCUCACCGAGCUCUCCGGUUCCAAGGCCCAGCUUCUCACCGACCAGCUAUCGCAUUUGCACCGCACUAUUUCCAACUUUUCGCCGCACCGGCUGUGCGUUUCGGACGACUUGAUAUACGCCGCCGACUACAGGCAGCUGUUCACCUGGACUUGGCCUUGGGAUCCCAGCCUAGCAGAACCGGGAGACUUUGAGCGGUCCCGCCAUGUUUUCCACGAGCCUGGGAACGAUGGGGGCUCAUGUGGCAAGAUCUGCAGAGUUAAGCGCGGCUCCCGGCACACCGGUUGCAUCCGCUACGAGCACAAUCGCAAGCGCUGGGUCGUCGACCUGUCUGUGAACGGUUGUCGCAUGCAGAAAUGCUUCCACGAGAACCUAUACGGUGUCGUUGGCGGCCUGCAGGCUGCGCGCAAGUGGCGUCUCGACUACAUCCGCAACACGUACGACGUGUUUGACAUCGAGGUUGAGCGGCGCAUCGUGAACGACCUUGUCGACAAGAUCGUUGCGCUGGAAGGUAAUGAGCAUGUUGAACUUCUGGAGGCGCUUCGCAAGCCGAUCCCUUCUUACGAGCAUAUCCUAGACGCGCAUAGCCUGGGCAACAUCAUCGACGGGCGGUUGGCUGCGACCGGCCAUUAUAAGCCGUGA